CUACUUAGGAAGGACUCUCUGUCCAACACCAGGGUAGGGAGCACCAAAUCUUAGUAAUGCUUGGCUGAUGAAACGUUUAUCUAUUUGUGAAUGCAUCAAGGGCACGGUUUCUAACUGCGUAUGACAUUUAAAACGGGUUUGGUAACGAAGCAGAUAUUUUUAAUCACCCGUACCAGCAAACGAAUUAAUAAAAAAAGGGUGAGCAACGAGAGAAGAACGAGCACACCACCAGGUAAUAGCGCAACACCCUUCUUGCAAGGAGCACCCUUCCAAUCUGUUGGUUUACUACCACCAGCACUCGUAAAAAAUGCUAACAAAAUUUACCUGCUGUUCCAGGGCAUGCUGCCACACCCCCCUUUUUUACCAUUUAGCGCACGAUUUGCAUCUCAACGAUUUAAUUUAUCGGUGCUUGUACUAAAUUAA